GUCAGAGUUGGCAGUCGGGUCGGCCUGCAGAGUCGGUAGUCUGAUACGGGCUUUACGCGAUUGCAUGCGGUGGAGAGAAACAGUUUUUCUCUGAAAACACCGGCAUUUGUUUCGCCUUCAUGUCAUUUUACACUGUACGAGCGAUGUCGAUCAGUGCAUGUCGAGUUUUAUACAGCCGCAUGAGAGGAAACGUACUGAAGUUCGCUAAGCUGUCGGACAAGGCGUUCCCACCGAUGAAAGGUUCGGAUUAUGCGGCAGGCUAUGAUUUACGGAGUGCAUACAAGUAUAUUAUACCAGCCCAUGGCAAGGAAUUAGUCAAGACUGAUUUGCAAAUAGAAGUUCCUUUUGGUACAUACGGCAGAAUCGCACCACGAUCUGGUCUAGCAUGGAAAAAUCACAUAGAUGUUGGUGCAGGUGUAAUAGAUGCAGAUUAUCGCGAGGAAAAUGUUUGGAAGCUCUGUCAAGACGUAGCGACUAGACAUCCUUCCGAAUUGCAACAUUGUCACGUUGUUUUCGUAAGCAACCCACGACGAAGCGUUCCCCUUUGGCGUCAACGAUCGGGGAAGGAUGAAGACAAAUUGGUUGUGUGGGACUACCAUGCUAUUCUCAUAUAUGCACCCGACGAAAGGGCGGUGGUGUACGAUUUAGAAAGCUGCCUGCCAUUUCCCACGCAUUUCUGGAAGUACGCGACCGAAACCUUCCGAUCUGACGAGGCACUGCGGCCCGAAUAUCAUAGAAGAUUCCGUCUGGUGCCCGCCAGCGUGUACUUACAACAAUUCGCAUCGAAUCGGCAUCACAUGAAGCGCAAGGAUGGUACUUGGAUCAAGACACCGCCGGAUUAUCCUCCAAUAUCGACACCAACUUGCAAGGAUAAUCUCGACUCAUUCAUCAACAUGGAACUAGGAACCGGACUAGGCGUUGUAAUGAGUUUGAAACAAUUAGUUAACCGAUUUUAUAGGCCAAAUGUCAACACACAGGUGCCGACACCGCCUCAACCGCAAGCUACAGCAACUUAAGUCGUGAAUUGCAGCGCGACGUUCGUACGCUUUGAUAAGACAUCUUGGAAAUCAAUUGUAUGGCCUAAGGGAAUUGGUUUGGUGCAAGCACCAUCGUGGGCUAAAUAUUUGAUCGAAAUUUGAUAAUAAUGUUAGUUAAUUGCUGCUAACUACGGCAGAAUUUCAAAUAUAAAGUCGUUGUAUUGCUAUUUGAGCAGGGUUUGCUCGGAAACCGAGCUGGGACCGAGGUGGUUUUAGCGAAAUUAAAUUUAUUAUGGCGUUGCGAUACUUCUGUCAAAAUUUCGUUAUAUCGUCGUGAAUGGAGAUAUUUUAGAUAAUUCAGAUAAGUUUAUCAAUUGUUAUUUAUUACUUUUCUUGCUUCUCUGUUCUGGCACGAACAAAAUUUUACGCAUAAACCUUCGGGUAAUGUGAAACCAAUGAGUACAUAAAAUUAUCAAUGCAAGUAAUAAUUAUUUAUCUGUUAUUAAUCGAGAUGUUCCGAUUCUUAGGUAGAAAGAUUUAAAAAUCUCAUGUUUUAUCACAAUCAAAACCUAUGUAUAUCGAUAACAGAAACAUGCACUUUUUGCAAUAUAAUAACGGGAUUGAUGUCUUAUUCUCCAAUCGAGUGAUUUGGCUUGCCGCGCAUAAAGAACGAUUCUGCUGAGCUGCUUUUUGAAUACUCUCGAUAAGUGCUUAUGCAUCGUAUUAAUGGGCUCCAUCGAAAUCCAUUUUUCUCUCUUCUACUAAAAUCUCCUUCGCAGAAUUUAUCCGGGAUGGGGUGCUCUCCUCCGGCAAAUGUAGCACAUUCGAUCACCUAUUUCCGAACUCGAGUCGUAUUUUAUAUAAGUAUUGUACUUUCGUCUCCAUGCCAUAAAGCGAUAUUUCUCACGGCUUUACUCUGUCAGUGGUGUUAUUAUAAUUAUUGUGUCAAAGACUGAUGUAUUUACAGAGAAUUAUCCGACUUGAUAGAGAUCCCUUUGUCUAUCGGCGCGUGCUCGAAGCGCGGGACGCGAUUAAAAGCGCUUAUAAUUACUGUGCGAUCGAUGUAGUAAGGUCAAGAACUUAAUCUUUGCGACGUAACGUAAUUAUUACGAUUAUUGUAAUUCUUGUGAUACUUUACACUUUCUACUUUGAAUACCUACGCUAUACUUAUCUUACUAUUUAUACUAAAAAGCCGAUUCUUAAGAGAUACAUGUUCGCUUGUUGAGCGGCUUCCCUAAUUGGUGUAUUAACUUGAUAUGGAUACACAACAUCGUCACGCGACCAAUUGUUAACAUCGAAGAACCUGUUGACUCAACGAACACGCGUCGCUUUAGUGACGAUAGGAACAAGUUUUACAACGAAUGCUUUAAAUUCUCUAUCUGUUCUAUAAAUAAGAUAAGCAGAAAAUAUGUUCUAUCCAUUAAGAUUUAACAUUAUUUUUCAAUAUUGCGUAGAGAUAUAUUGAAUAUCUUAUUAAGCCAUUCGAAUUAUUACUUCGUAUUUUAGAUUUCAUCAUAACAUUUAUUCUUGUGAGUUUGCGAUUAAUUCUUUAUGAUUCAAGUAUGAAUAAAUACUCAUUUAAACGUUCGCGAUUGUGGAGUAGCCUUGAUAUAUCAGAAUAACUUUGAUACGAGUGCAAAAUAAGUGUAAAAUGCUCGCCACCUCCGAUCAGCAUGAUGUAACCUUGGAUCAUAAAGGGUUAAAUCGCGUGUUAUGUUAUGCACAUUUUAUCAGAUGCGGCAACCUUGAAAGUUUAGCCUUUGUGUGGACUUUCUUCCCUCGACCCUCGUGUACCUCACAUUAUUUAAUAAUGGUGAUGAUGUAGAACGCAAGUUCCGUAGAGUUAUAUCUAUUUGCAUUUAUAAUUUAAUUUCAUUAUUAGUUGUUUCAUUCGGUCGAGUGCAACAGGGAAGUUUAUCAACAAGCAAUUAUUAUCGAACUAUCGACUCGGCGAGUCGACGUUACGAAUAAUUCGUAAAAUAAUCCACCGGUCGGGUCGAUAGUUUUAAGAGUUCGUCCACUCUUUGCCUUCCAAAGUCUCUCACUAGUUCACUCUACCUUUCUCAUCGACACAUAUUUACCUCCAGUUCGCAUAUAUCAUGUUACUACGAGCGUACGUACUUGUAAGCGGAGGAGUUUACGAUUUCGAAGUAUCUAGUCACCGAAAAUCGCUUUAGUAUAAAUUGUUCGACAGCAGUCUCCACGACAGGUUUCUUUUAAUGGACGCGCAACGUGUGGAAAAUUCGGGACCGAUCUUCUUAGCGAGUAAUCUCGAGAAACUUUAUCAAAAGACAAAAAUACCGAAAAAAAGAUUCUCUUUAUCGUUCAGACAAGAUAUUGCUAAAUAUAUCAGAG